AUGAAUAUACAACAACGAAUCGCUGAUACACUUUUUUGUUUGCAUUUUGUAGAACAACGCCCGUGGUCUCAAUGGAGUCGUACUGAUGAAUCUUGUCUACAACAUACCGGACAUGAUCUUGAACAACAUUAUCAUGCUGAACGUUAUAUUGCUACCGAAUUUGAUCUGAGUCCAUCAACGAUGCAUCAUAUUUUAUCAAAGGUUGUGGAUAUCUUACAUUCAUGUGUAUAUCCAGAACUAAUUUCAUUACCUGCUCUUAUGUUCAACAGAACUACAGCACAUGGACCUGAAGAACAUCAUAAAUUAGUAGUUGAUUCAACUUCUAUCGCCGUUCCGCAAUCUGAUAAUUCACAACAACUACAUGUACCCGAAUGUUAUCGUGGAAGUGUACAUGAUAUUACAAUUCUAAGAGAGUCAUGUCUAUUAGAACAUGUAAACGACUCUGUGCAAAUUAUUGCCGAUAAAGGAUAUGUUGGUGAAGAUUAUGUAGUAACUACAAGAAAGAAACUACAUGGUCGUGAAUUAACAGAUGAAGACAAAGCUUUCAAUCGUGUUAUUAAUAGUGCAAGAGCAGCUGUUGAAAAUAUUAAUCAACGUCUUAAAACUUAUGCAAUUCUUGGUGGUAUGUACAGAGGAGCUAUUGAUGAUUUUGAUAAGAUUACCAAGAUCGAACAGGUCGUCUGUGCUUUAUGUAAUCUAAAUUAA